UCAUUCACUAAUGUCUCUUUCAGCUGGAUAUGGAUAUUGCAUCAUGGCUUUAAUAAUUUAACAACAAAGAUUCUAGAUUGUGUUGUGUUCAAUCAUCACUCCACAGGUGUUUGAUGAAAUACCCACACAUCCAUUCAUAUAAUUAACCCUUUUCCCUUGUAACUCACACUCACAGCUACGCAAAAAUGGCAGAAGAAAGAACAUCUGGUGUGAUCGGCAGGUUCUUAGGAAGCUUAAACAGCAGAAUGAGAAGAUUCAUGUUUCAUGUCAUGUCCGCUGGUCCCAUCCCACAACACAUCGCCUUCAUCAUGGAUGGAAACCGAAGGUUUGCCAAGAAAUGGAAGCUGGAAGAAGGAGCAGGCCACAAAGCCGGAUUCUUGGCACUCAUGUCGGUUUUAAAAUACUGCUAUGAAGCAGGAGUUAAGUACGUGACCGUCUAUGCAUUCAGCCUCGAUAACUUCAAUAGACGCCCAGAUGAAGUUCAAUAUGUAAUGGAUCUCAUGCACGAAAAGAUUGAAGGGUUCUUGAAAGAACUGAAUAUGGUGAACCGCUAUGGCAUUAGAGUGCUGUUUAUUGGCGAUCUGGGUCGACUUCAAGAACCAGUAAGGGCUGCUGCAGAGAGAGCAAUGGAAGCCACGUCUAAGAACACCAGCACUUAUCUGUUAGUUUGUGUGGCAUAUACUUCGUCCCAUGAAAUCCCACGUGCAAUUCACGAAGCUUGUCAAGCUCGUGCGUCGAAUGGGCAUUAUCAUAAUGAUGGCGAAGAUGAGGUGGAGGAUGAUGGGAUGAUGAUAAAAGUGGUGGAUUUGGAGAAGCAUAUGUAUAUGGGGGUGGUUCCUGAUCCUGAUAUUCUGGUGAGGAGCUCCGGUGAGACGAGGCUGAGCAACUUUUUACUGUGGCAAACGAGCAACAGUUUGUUGUAUUCACCGAAAGCGUUGUGGCCGGAGAUGGGAUUACGGCAUGUGGUUUGGGGGAUCUUCAAGUAUCAGAGGAACUAUUACUAUCUGGAGAAGAACAAGAAGCAGGCUUAAUCAAUUUGGAACUACAUAUAUUAUAUAUAUCACUGGUACUACUAAUCAAUAAGCUUCUAAACUUAUUAUAUGGUUGUAAUUAAGCCAAUAUAUGAAUUGUAUAAACCACCAUCUGUUUUGUGUUGGUAAUUUGCAACUCUUGAUGCGACAAACUUGGUUCAAACUUGUACUGGUUACUAAUUUGAGUAUCGCUCUAGGUAUUUACCUUCAA